AUGUCGGAACUGAGCGACGAAGCCAGUGAGUCGGAGCUGCUGGACCGCAGCCUGUCCAUGUGGCACGGGCUGGGUCAGGCGGCCGGUCACCAGGAGCUGGACGUCCCACUGGACCUUCACACAGCCGCCUCCAUCGGCCAGCAGGAGGUGGUGCAGGCCUGCAUUCAAUGUGGAAGCCUGGAUCUGAAUCGGCGGAACCGGGGUGGCUGGACCGCUCUGAUGUACGCUUCUUACAUCGGCCAUGGCGCCAUUGUACAGCUGCUGCUGGAGGCCGGCGCGAACUUGAACGUACCGACCCCAGAAGGGCAGACGCCGCUCAUGCUGGCUUCGAGUUGUGGGAACGAGAAAGUCGCUGACUUGCUUCUUCAGCAAGGUGCCGAGCUGGAGAUGAAGGACAUCCACGGCUGGACUGCCCUCUUCCACUGCACCAGCGCCGGCCAUCAGCAAAUGGUGAAGUUCUUGCUGGACAACGGAGCCAACGCCAACUGCAGGGAGCCCCUCUGUGGAUACACCCCCCUGAUGGAAGCGGCAGCUUCUGGCCACGAGAUCAUUGUCCAGUAUCUUCUCAAUCAUGGCGUGAGAGUGGACAUGAGAGACAAUACGGGGGCCACAGCGCGGACCUUGGCCAUGCAGUACAGAUACACCAAGAUUGUCGGGCUGAUCGACUUGCACAUGGCCCCCGUGCCCAAGGUUCUUUGCAGGGGCCCAGGAAAAUACGAAGAUCUGAGCUCCUCGGACGAAUCCUACUCUGCCCCGCAGAGGCAGAGACCGGCCCGCAAGUCCAAGGGCCCCAGUAUCCACGAAGGGCCCCACGCUUUGGCCAAGAUAACAGCAGUCAGGAUCGGAGGGAGGAGCCGGUCACAUUAUGAGCAGGUCCCUCCAGAAGGCUACGUGACCUUCAGCGACGAAGGAAGCGGCACUGAAGGGGGAGAUCUCCGGUACAGAGAUGUCACCUCGCCCAUCAACGAUCACGAUGUGGAAAGCAGCAGCAGCCGAGAGGAUAAUUCUUCCUUCGCCAAUAACUUGGCCGCCAUCCGGACCACCAGCGGCAGCAGCAGCAGCGAAAGCUUGCCCAAAGCAGUGGGGAUCGGCAGCGAAGGCUCCAUGGAGAGCAACGAGGAUUCUGACCACGCGGCAAAACUCUCCCAGUGGAAACACGCCAAGAGCUCCGCGAGGGCGAAGAACCACGAUGGUGACAGCCGCCGGCCCCAUAGGCCCAGGGUGUCGAGUCAGCCCUGUGCGCCCCCAAAGCUGGAGGCGCCGCCUUACACGGGACCCCAGGACCUUGCCGCCUUCUUGGAGCAGAUCGGCUGCCUGAAGUACCUGCCGGUGUUCGAAGAGCAAGACGUUGACCUUCGCAUUUUCCUGACCUUAACGGAGAGCGACUUGAAGGAGAUCGGCAUCACCCUCUUCGGACCGAAGAGGAAGAUGACCUCCGCCAUCGCCCGAUGGCACAGCAGCGCCCGGCCGCCGAGCGACGCCCUGGAGCUGGCCUACGCUGAUCGCCUGGAGGCAGAAAUGCAGGAGUUGGCCAUCCAGCUGCACAAGAGGUGUGAGGAGGUAGAAGCACUGAAGGGCCAGGUGUCCCAGGAGCAGGAGCUGCGUGCCGUGGCCGAGAGCUGCCUGAUGGAGCGGGACGUGGCCUGGAGCGAGACCCAGGCCAAGCUGCGGGAGAUGCAGGCCGUCUCCUGGAAGGCAGGGACCCUGCUCGAGCACAUGCAGGCCUGCCAGGCAGAGCUGUCUUCUCGGCUGGCUCAGGAACAUGCGGCUGGCCGGCUGAUGGAGGUCAAAGCACCAGUGGGAGCUGAUCCCGCGGAAUGGCCCUCCACCCUGAAAGCCCUGAGCGUGCCCGAGCUGUCGACUCUUCUGGAGAAGCAUGUGGGAGAAAUGGGGACAGCCCUUCAUUCUGUCAGCCAAAAUCUCGAGAGGCUCCAGAGUCCACCGAAGGGCAAGGCCCCCCGGAAGCAGCCCUAGCAGCAGAGGAAGGGAUUCUGACGUCGGGUGACUCUUCCACCCGGAAGCUGUGUUUGCCUGAGAGCGUGAGCACUACAGCCGCUUGACCAUCUGCCCCGAGAGC